AUGGCUCCAAAGCGAAAACAUACAGAUGACUCGGCCUCUGUGGCCUCUUCGACGCGUUCCACACGGGCAGCUAGCAAAUCCACCACUGCUAAAAAUACGGCUAAAGACAGCGCGCCUUCGAGUUCUAGGAAAGCCACACACUCGGGCGCCACUGAGCAUGAAAUAGAAACCACCACACCCAAUAAAAGGGCGAAAACGACGGCAAGCACACGAAAAACCACGACUCGCAAGUCCAAAGUUGUCGAUGAGCCCACUACAAUCGGUAAGCCCUCGUCAAUCAAGGCAAGCGAAAUACCCUUUAAGCAUAUUGAUACAAGAGGGUCAAUAGAGCCUGCGCCCAUAGCGACUGCUAAGCCCCCACCAGUUCCCAAGAAACCGACCAAAGCAGAAGUGUACUCUCCGCAGCGCGCUCUCGAACUGUUUGACGAUUACGCUGACUCUGACAACGCCGAUGUCAUUGGGCCCGAGGGAUUCGAGCGAAUAUGCACAGAUGCUGAUAUGCCAUUAGACGGUCCACGUCCUAUCAUAUUUGCAUGGCAAAUGGGAGCGAAGGAUAUGGCCAAAAUAUCGAAGGAUGAGUGGAUUAAAGGGACUGGUACCCUCAAAGCCUCUUCCAUCUCACAGAUUUCCACGGCUAUUGCAGAACUGGAUGAUCUUUUAAUGCAAGGGAAACCACCAAUUGUUCUUGGAUCUAACAAUCAAGAUUACGACCGGGCGUCUUAUUUCGCCUACUCUACGAAUGUCAAGGCCGCCUUCCAGAAAUUGUACCUCUUCUCGUUUACCCUUGUCAAACCAGAAACAUCCAAAAACAUAGACAUGGAGGUGAAGUUUCUCACCUCUAUCUUUGCGUGUAACAUGCUUAUGUUGGAUUCUCAGACUUCCAUGGCUUUCUGGACCGUCCUUCUUGCUCCAAAGUACCCGAUAAUGGAGGAUGUUAUCAAAUUUAUCACAGAAAAGGGCACGUACAAAGCUACCAACAAAGAUCUUUGGAGCAUGAUGUUAGAAUUCUGUGAAACUGUAUCACCAUCACUCGAAGAUUACGAAGCAGACGGGGCGUGGCCUACACUUUUGGAUGAUUUUGUGAUAUGGAAGAAAGCUUCGACCGGAAAAGCAUCCAACACGAGAAGUUGA